AUGAACGACUCUGAUGAUUCACUAGAUAGGCUCUCCUCCAAUACUGGUGAUACAGGACGCACCUGUUCUAUAUGCCAAAAGAAAUUUACCUCCUUCAAUGUUUUUUUUAGGCAUCUCCGAGUCCACAUGGUGGAUCCGAGGGAUACUCUUUUCCAAUCAAAUUUCACUUAUGAGAUUUCAACAGAGGUCGUCAAAGAAACCACCCUGGAACAACAAUCCACUCCCACACUACUGAAUAUGGCGUGGGAGUCUCUACUAAAAACGACUCAAGCUGGUACUUCUAGUGUGGCUAACGAAGAAAAGAUUGAAGACAGAAAACAAGCGAGCUCAUCAAGUACAACACUUGGUUUUGAUUUAAACCUUCAUCCGCCGGAAGUAUCACCGCCGCAUCCGCAUGGUUCUUCGCUCACAAGUGGGAGGGGCGUGAUUAAGAAUUUCGAUCUCAAUAUGCCUUAA